AUGCCCGACAUCGCCUUUGCGGUGCAUAAGGCCACGCGCCAGACACACGCGCCGCGCUUGCAUGAUUGGAUGCUUGCGAAGAGAGUCGUUCGGUAUGUGAAGGGCACAGUGAGCUUGAAGGUCACGAUGGCGCCGGCGCAAGACCGUGACCAAAAAGUGUCUCGACGGGGAGCGUUUAGCGACGCUGAUUCUGCGGUCGAUAUGGCCGACAGGUGA